AUGGUUGGAAAUGAUAAAGGUCUUAGCAUCGUCGAUGUCAUCCAGGAAAGACUUGAUGCCCUUGAAAGUAGGGCCGAAAUCCGAGAACAAGAAACCAAAUCUCUCAAAGCUAAUAUGAAAUCUCUCAAAGCGGAUAUCAAAUCUCUCAAAGCGGAUAACGAAUCUCUCAAAGCGGAUAACGAAUCCUUCGAAAGCGAGAUGCAGCUAAUUCGUAUCCCUGAGCUCUUACGAUUUCUUCCCUCAGGCCAACGACCGGACAAUCGCCAAAGGAACCAACUCGUCCAUGGGGCAAAUGUUAAAUUUGACCUUUCAUUUCUUGAUUCCUUGUCAACAAAAAACUUGAGUUUCUUAUCCAAUCACAGGCUGCAGAUUUCUGAUCUAGACAAAGCCUUCAACAAGAGAUAUGAGAAUAAUCCCGGAAUUUUUCGAAGAGAGAUGUCGGACACAAUGGGAGAGGUGAUCAACAUGAGGAGCAAUCUUCUAAAUCUAGACGUUUGGAAGAGUGUCACUGAUCCUACACGUAAAAAAAAGAUCAAAAACUUAAGGCGAAAAUGCGGUCGUCUUAUCAAAAAGUGGCUUAGUCAACCAGAGCCCCAGCCUUACUCGGAAGAAGAGAUGCAGUCAAGACUUGACGGCCUCUAUAGGGAGUAUCAUGCUUAUGUAGUACAAUAA